ACUGAACGAGAUUAUUAAUCAGUUAAAACUCGAUCGAAAAUAAGCGAAAUGAUGGGUUUAGCAAUGAUUAUGAGAUCGAGUUGAUUCGUUCGAAUUUAUUUUUGAUAUACCUUUCGAUCCACAUGUGUCAGAAUAAGUGUCAGAAUUCAACGUCACGACCACCACAUGAAAAUAAACAUAAUUUCCAAAUGCUCAUGAAAACGCAUCGUAACAAUUACACCGUACGGUGCAACACGCCUUGUGUUUGACUCUUUAAAAAAAGACAUGUGCUUCGAGAUCUCAUCGUUAACGCUACAUUUUUUAUCUAGUUGUCCCCAUAUACGCGAAUCUACUGAUCGUUUUCACCAUAAAAUAAAGUACGUGCAACGAGUUUUUGAUUCUUGAAGAACGAACAGCAAAUCAUGUCUGUUGUAUCGUCUCGGUCGAGUAGCAUAGCCUCGAUCCUCAAAGGACCUGGCGUCAGAAAUAAACUCAUUGCUCAACAAAAAAGUGUGAAUUUUAAACUUCCAAAAAAUCUCAAGUCCAUAUUGCUGGAUUAUGAAAAUGGUUGUAAUCGAAGAGUCUACGAGGAACUCGUCUGCAUUUUGAGGGAUGCUAAUAUAAAGGACAGCGAGCUUGUGGAAUUGAUAGUUGAGGUUCGACAAUGUAUUUCCUUGCUUGGCCCAGCUCACAAACUUUUUGUCCAAGCGUUAUUGAACAUAAAUUGGACGAGUAGAUCGUCCGAGGCAACGACAGCCUACAAAGGACUUCUAGAGGAUCUUGUUUGCCUCCACAUUUAUCACUGCAAACUUGUCAUGAACAAAUUGAUUUGUCAAUUUAAACCUAUUUCUGAUGAAGCAACCGAGUGGGAAAAUGGGAAACCGAGACAAGAGGAUUCUGAGAGGUUUGCUCAAGUUCACGAUGUCCUUCACAGACUUCUCAAGAUCGUGCCCAUGUGUAGCCCUCUGCUUUUACAAUCUCUCACCUCGAGGUAUCCUUAUCACAAAAGCAGCACCCACGUACAGGAAAUUUACGUUCAUUCAUUGCUGCAAGUGUUGGAAUAUGCACCGCAGUUUAGAUCCGAUAUUUUAUCAUUGAUUAUUAACAGACUAAUCAUUUUGGACGUGAACGCACCUCGAUCCGAUAUCGAAGAUUAUGAUAACGAAGACAUGGAAGAGGAUGACGGAGGUGGUGAAGUAUUCAAAAUCGACGCGUUACAGGAAGAAGAAAAUAAGCCAACAGUCAAAGCCUCGUCGCAGCAUCUGCUGGCUCAUACAUUGGACGUCUGUAUGGAAAAGCUUUUGGAAUAUGUUUACAACGUUUGUCAUCCGAACGGGGAGCUCAAUAUGGAAUCCUCAAAAAGUCUUUAUUUCGAUUUACUACAAGUUUUUGAAACAGCGAUAUUACCAACUUGGGCCAGUCAUCAUGUGCAAUUUGUAAUGUUCUACAUCUGCAGUUUCAAGCCAAGCAUUGCAGAAGCUUUCCUCAAUUGGCUUUGGCUCAAAGUUUCUAAUCCGAAUGUCGCCCCCGUUAUUAGACAAUCCGCCGUCGCUUACAUCGCGAGUCUUCUCGCACGUGCCAAUUUUAUUCCCAUAAGCGUUUUAACGAGGAUACUCCACGAGAUGGCAACUUGGACUCACAGCUACAUCGCGUCUCAAGACAGCUUAGAAUGUGCAAACAGCGAUGUCAGAGUCCACACAGUUUUUUACGCGAUUUGUCAAGCCCUUUUCUACAUAAUCGCAUUCAGGCAUAAGGAUCUGGUCGAUUCGAAAAAAAAUUUACUGUUCCUUCAAGGCUUAAAUCUCACGAAAAUCGUAACCUGUCGACUGAACCCAUUGAGAGUGUGUUUGCCAGUGGUUGUACAACAUUUUGCAACAGUGACUCGCGCUUAUCAAUUGGCCUAUUGUUACACAGUGAUCGAACACAAUUCACGGAGCAAUCUUCCAGUUCUGCAGACAAGCACGCGUUUCGCAACUUGGCUCGAUACAUUCUUUCCCUUCGAUCCGUACGUUCUUGAACGUAGCGAACAUCGAAUAUCACCGAUAUAUCUCCAUUAUCAGGGCAACGUUUUAUCGAAUUUGUCGGACGGCGGAUGCUUGAGUUCUAAGGAAGAGACUGACGAGGAUGAUUUUAUGGACACGUCGUUUCCUCAACGGCAUCAAGAAUCCGUCAAUCACACGCACAAAUUUUGUUACAGCACUUCGCCUGGAUUUUUACAUUAAUAAAUUAAUGGGUGUUGGUAGAAUAAAAUAUGAACGGAUUAAGAAGAAGGGAGAGAAAAAUAUUAUUUAUCGUGUAAAGAGAAAAUGCUCGUACGGUGCAAUUCUUUUCAAACGGCUUUCGAUCAGAGUAUUUUUUCCUUUGUUAUUCGUAGUAAACUUUGCGUGGAUCGGGUCGUAAAAUAGACUGGAUUUUUCUUCGUUUUCGUAUAUCAUGCGUGCUGGAUAUCUGCACUUGUGAAUUUAUAUGAUCGAUAAUUCGUUAUCGCAAAUCUCUAUUUAUUAUUCGUUAUAUCGAAACGAUUUAUUAAAAACUAUUCAUCCUAUUCAUAA